AAGAUUUGAAAGCAUUAUUGAACAAGAUGACAUAAAUUAAAAAGUAAAGUAAAUAAUAUAUUGCCAAUAUUAUUUCAUUCUACUCUAGUACAAAUGGCAAUUGAUUGAAUGUUUUGUUCAAUAAAAGGACUCCCAGAGAUUCAGUUGGGUUUUAGGUGUUAUCAAUGCGAUGCAAUCGGUUUAUUACAAGUUAAAGGAUGGACUUGGCACUUCCAUAUCACCAGUCACUCCAAAGGCAAAAGUCGUUAGACCAUCGACUGCUCUUAACAUUGUUUUUAAUCAAAAUUCAAGGGAAUCCAAAUAUAAAGGCCCCUCUUCCCGCUUAUCGAAGAUAGCCACAUUGUAUUACAAAGGAGACCACGGAAAAGAGACGAGAAAGUAAGAGCAGAAAAUCUACGAACAAAAGACAGGGUUCCACUGUUACCAAUCGAAAUAAAUCGAUUGUAAUUUUGCGACCGCAUGAAAGAAAAAGUAAAACUCGAAACAGCCGCCAAAUCAAGUCGAUUUCGACUGAAUAUAAUUUACAAAUGAAAUCCGCCGAAAUGUCCACUGGCACGAGCAGAACUUGUGAUUCGGAUCACGACGGCCGACUUAUCAUGAAGGAGCAUUUCCGGCUGCAAGUGGAUAAAUUAUUCAACAUGCUAUUUUCUAGCACUUCCACAUUUAUAGCAGAUUUCCAUGACAAGCGCAAAUCCACGGAGCUAUGCAUGGGUCCAUGGAAGAACGGGAAGGAUGGCCAGCAGGUGAGGCACAUCAAUGUCACAGUUGCUCUCCAAGCAAACGUUGGACCCAAGUCGUCAAAGGUAACCGAAUUCCAAACAAUGCGAGCUUGCAGCUGUCCUGGAGAGAUAUACUCCAUAGAUGUGCUGAGCGUUAACGAGGGCAUACCAUAUGCCGACGUAUUCAACAUAGCAACACACUACUGUCUGGUACGGUCAGAGAACAACGGGACUGAUAUGUUGGUCUUUGGUAAUGUCAAUUUUAUCAAGUCCACCUGGGCCGUGGUCAAGGCAUUCAUUGUGAAGCAUUCAUACGAGGGUCUGUCCGAGUACUUUCAUUGCCUAAGUGAACAACUACAAGAAGUUUCCAAAAAGGAAAAGAAAUGAUUUAUUUGGUGGGUCAAGUCUAGCUUCAUAAAGCCUUGUCCUUGUUCUCAACAACCUUCAUUCAUCAUCAAAUACGAUGUAUCAGAAUUAACUUAAUCUGAUUUCAGGGGGAUUUCAACUUAUUGCAAUUCACUUGAUUAAACUCAUCUUGUUUUUA